UUUUUAUCUGCUUAUCAGAAUUAAAGAGUUCACAACUAUUUCUUUUAUUUGUUUAUAGCUCAAGUGAAAGUAUAGAAUUUACUUAUAAAAUGCAUAUUAAAACAUUAGUUACUUUAUUGGCUGCAUACCUGUUGGGUGCAAAUGGGUUAGUCAUUCCAGAUAUUCAAAAUUUAUUUAGCUUUGAUGUCUUAUCUAAGACUGGAGCUAAUAGUGCAAAGGCAAUUGGAGGUCAACAACCUUUAGUUGGACUUUCAAAUGAAGUUAAUAAUUUAGGUAAAUUAGCUUCUAAUAUUAGAAAUCAACUUAUUCCAAAUAAAUAUAUUGUAGUUUAUAAGGAUGAUUUAAGUACUGAAGAUAAGCAAAUUCAUCAAUUAUGGAUUCAAAAUCAAUUUACUACCAUGGUUCAAACUAAUGGACUUUCAAAUAAAGCAACUUUAGAUUUUUUUGAUUUAAUUAAUACUGGAUUUAGUGGAUAUGUUGGUUAUUUAACUGAAGAUUUAGUUAAAUUAAUUGAAAAGGAUCCAAAAGUUAAAUUUAUUGAACAAGAUUCAGUGUUUAAUAUUAAUGAAUUUGAUAUUCAAAAGGAUGUAACUUGGGGAUUAAGUAGAAUUAGUCAUCGUGAUUUAAGUCCAAAAUUAGAUUAUCUUUAUGAUAAUGAAGGUGGAAAGGGUGUUACGGCUUAUGUUAUUGAUACUGGUAUCAAAAUUGAACAUGAAGAAUUUGAAGGUAGAGCAACUUGGGGUUCUGCUGUUGCAUUCCCAAAUCUUAAAGUUGAUGGUCAUGGUCAUGGAACUCAUUGUGCUGGUACUAUUGGUUCCAAAACUUAUGGUAUUGCUAAGAAUGUUGAAUUAGUUGCUGUUGCAGUUAUGAACUUUUUAGGGGCUGGAUCAACUUCAGAUAUUAUUAAAGGUCUUGAAUUUGCUGUUCUUGAUCAUCAAAAUAAUGUCAAAACUAAAAAGGGAUUUAAAGGUUCUACUGUUAAUAUGUCUAUUGGUGGUGGAAUUUCUGAAGCUUUAGAUUUAGCUGCUAAUGCUGCUACUAAGGCUGGAUUACAUGUUGCUGUUGCUGCUGGUAAUGAUAAUGCAGAUGCAUCUGAAUUUUCUCCUGCUAGAGCUUCUGGUCCAAUCACUGUUGGUGCCACUGAUGAAAAUGAUGUAAAGGCUGAAUUCUCUAAUUGGGGUAGUUCAGUAGAUAUUUUUGCUCCUGGUGUUAAUAUUGAAUCCACCUAUAUUUGGAGUGAAACUACUCUUAUGUCGGGAACUUCAAUGGCAACUCCUCAUAUUACUGGUUUAUUAUCUUACUAUUUAUCAUUAUACCCAGAAACUACCUCUGAAUAUUCUAAAGCUCCAUUAACUCCAGAAACUUUAAAGAAGAAUUUAAUUAAAUAUGGUUCUAAGGGUAUAAUCACUGGAUUAGAUUCUGCUUCACCAAAUGUUCUUGCCUAUAAUGGUGGUGGUCAAGAUAUUAGUGAUUUCUGGAAAAAUUAAGCGGCUAUAAAUCAUGGAUUAUUACUUGGUUGGUUAUUUUUAUUCUUCUUCUUCUUCUUCUUCUUCUUCUUCUUCUUCUUCUUCUUCUUCUUCUUCUUCUUCUUCUUCUU